AUGUUUGGUUUCAUUCACGAGAGUAUCCGCCAACUGAUUUGCCGUAACUAUGGAGAAGACACGUGGAUUCAGGUUUUGGAGAAAUCAGGAUUUGAAAAUGGAAAGGAAAAUAUUGUGAAUCACUACUACUCGGAUACUGAUACCUAUGUUUUGGUGGAUAGUGUAUCCCUGGUUAUAAAAGUAACCAAGGACCAAGUCUGGGAGAUGUACGGCGCCUUCCUCAUCACUUACUCCAUGGAAAUCGGCUGGGAUGAACUGGUCCGAAGUAUGAGUCCCAAUCUCAAAGGUUUCCUUGACAACCUAGACAGUCUCCACUACUUUAUUGACCAUGUUGUCUAUAAAGCAAACCUUCGUGGUCCAUCAUUCAGAUGCGAGGAGAAUUCUGAAGGCGACCUUCUCCUUCAUUAUUUCACCGGACGCCCUGGUUUGUAUCCGAUUGUAAAGGGAGUGGUUCGAGAAGUGGCGAAAAGAGUUUUCGACUUGGAUAUCAACCUUGUUGUUCAGGGAAGAACUCAGAGAAGUGUGCACAUGAAUAAUGGAGAGAGGGUGGAAGAGCAUGUGGUGUUUUUGAUUAAGAACAUUGGAGAAAGCCGUCGCGACUCCGAUGGCUCUCACGCCAGCUUGCUCACUUCAAGCAACUCCAACUUCCCCGAAAUUCUAGAUGACACUCUUCAAAUGAGCCUUGACGAUUUUUCAAGAGCACUUCCUUAUCACUUUGUCAUUGAUGAGUCUUGCAAGCUGGUACAAUGUGGUAGUGAGCUACACAAUCACAUUCCGAAUGAGCUCUUGCAACCUGGCACUCCGAUUUUGCGGAUUUUCGAAAUCAAUCGACCUCAAAUUCCCCUAGACUUUGAAAACAUUUGCAAUUUUAUCAACGCCGUGUUCGUGCUCCAAGUGAAGACGUCCCCAUUAAAGAAGAAAUUAAUGGAUGCGAUGAGUCAAGAGGAGCUGAAACAAGAAGUAGAAGCUUUGGAAGACGACAAGUCCAAUGAGCUUACCCAAGGACACCAUCUGAAGCUUAAAGGUCAGAUGAUGUUGUUAUCUUCGAAGAAGCACAUCAUCUACCUUUGCUCUCCAUAUGUGACUUCUAUCAAUGAGUUGAUGCAGUAUGGAAUGAGAUUGACAGCUAUGCCGUUGCAUGAUGCCACCAGAGAUUUGAUAUUGUUGAAUCAGCAGAGAUUGUCGGAUGUUGAAGUCAAUCUACAACUGGAAGCUAACAAUGAGCAACUGGAGACCAUGACUCGGGAACUUGAAAUCGAACGUCAGAAAACUGACUCCAUUCUCAAGGACAUGCUGCCCAAGCGGAUCGCUCAGCAAUUAUUGGGAGGUGAGCACAUCGAAGCUGCUGAGCAUGAUGCCACUGUUAUGUUCUGUGACCUUCCGACUUUCCAACAAACCAUCCCUCAAAGUUCGCCGAAGGAAAUCGUGCGGAUUCUAAAUGAGAUUUUCAAAAAGCUAGACCGCAUCAUUGUAAUCCGAGGUGUCUACAAAGUGGAGACCGUCUCCGACAGCUACAUGGCGGUGUCCGGAAUCACUGAAUACACUCCGGAGCACGCUGAAAACAUGUGCCAUGUGGCGCUAGGGAUGAUGUGGGAGGCGAGAAGUGUAGUAGAUCCAAUUUCCAAGAAUCCAUUCUUACUGAGAAUCGGCUUGCAUUCCGGGAAAAUUGUCGCCGGCGUCGUGGGAACAAAGUCUCCCAAAUAUUGUUUGUUUGGAGAAACUGUGACGUUGGCAUCGCAGAUGGAAUGUCAAGGAAUGGCUGGGAAGAUUCAAUGCAGCAAAUGGACAUACCUACAAGCAUCGGCAACGGGAAGAUUUGAAUUCAGUCCUCGGGGGAGGAUCGCUGUGAAAGAUCGGGGACUCACAGAGACCUACUUUUUGACACGGAGCUUGAAGAAGAGUAUUUGGGAGAUUGUGGAGCAUGAUAGAGAUGUGAAUGUGAACAGUAUCGAAGGAUACGAAGAAUUGGAGACGUCCAUUGAGAACGCGAUGACAUUGAAAGUAGCACCACGUGGCAAUCAUUUGAGCUCAGCUGCUUGUUCGAUAUCUUAA